GAUAAAAUUAUUUUAUACUUCAGUUUGUCAGUUUUUUUAAAUUAACAAUUACGUUCUCAGAGAAAAUUUGCUACUAUGGAGUUUAACAAUGAAGUAGCAAAUGAUCCCGUGAAAAAGACAAUAUUGGGUCUCACUGCUACACUUCCUGUGUGAACAGUAUAACAUUUGCUCAGAUAUGGAAAUGAUAAGCCAAGAGCUUUUACUAAAUAUGCAAACAGCAGCACUUUCCAGCAGAAAGAACUCCUCCUAGUCAGGAAGCAUGAAAUGUUUUAGCCAUUGAUAUACUCUCGCUGAGUUUGAAGUUCCUAAUAGAUUUGCAGUUACUGAAAAUGCCUCUCAAACAGGCAGGAUUGUACUUUUAGAAUUGAUUUUGGUAUCCUGGUCUUGAACACAAUGAACUAUGCAAACAGCACAUGGCAAGCUUAUUUUAAUACACUAAGACUAAAUAGCUUUUAAUUAUUAACUCUGCAAUAGUUUUGUUUUGAAGCAAUUAAGAGUUUAUGCCACUUAGUUUUUGACAAGAGUACAACAUCACCUUUUGUAUUUAAGUAUGUAGUUAACCUUUAAUACAAAAUUCUUAAGAUAGUGGCAUUAACUCUAGGCGGUUGCUUCACUGAUUAUACUGAAAGCUCAGUCUUAUACGUGUGUGUUUUAAUGCCCACAGCAGUUCUAUAGAGUUCAACAAGACCUUUCCGGCAUUAGUCUAUUUAAAAUACCAGCUAUGCAUAUACAUAAGGAUUGCAAUGUUGUAGAUGCUUAAACUGGGCUAAGGUUCUAUAAACUAAUUCAUCCUUGCCGCCUGUUUGCAUGCAGCGGUGCCCUGUGCUCUUCUGACCUCCAGUCAAAUGCUUCCCUGGAGCGCACAGGCCUGGUGUCUGGACCUAGAUCUGCCUCUUCCCACCUCUUACAGGUGCUGCUGCUAGCGAUGUGGUCUGCCUUGUUUGGUUGCUGCAUGCCACAAGCAAAGGCAGCUCUUGACCUUCAGCCCUCCACAGGAGGGACUGUACUUCCAAAUCAUGCAGCUGCACCUGUAAGAGGCUCCAUUAAUAAAACUAAAAAACUUUCACUGGUUAAUGCCAUACGGUGUGCAAAGUUAGUAUGAGACCUGACCGUGCUCUCUUUUCUGAAUUUCUGGUAUUUCACAGUGGGGCACAAAGAAUAAAUCUGCUACUCUGUGAAUGCUCUUAGCUGCACAGCAUCAAAAAUGAUCUGCUGGGGAGCCUGAAAACAUCUUACUAUCUCAUUUCUUGUCCCUAAAACAGGGCAGUCUAGAGAGCUGAAGAAUUAGUCCCAGAACACUUAGAGGCAAGGCUUACAUCUCAAUUUCAGGUUGUGUGUCAGCAGCUAAUGAUUGCCAUUAGUUAAUUACCUUAACCUUUGGUAUGAUUGUGUAGCAGAUCAUAGGUGCCUUUGUUGGGAGACAGUGCAAGAAUAUCGGUAGUUGUAAGCAGCUGGUGUACGUUUCCUCGUGCAUUUGUGGUGGGGUUAGGAAGCCUGAAGAUCCUGUACUCAAAACCGUAACCUUGCUUAACUGGGUUCUGCUGUGUGUGUGCGCGUUUGUGUGUGUGUCAGGGCUGUGCUAGUGCUUAUGGCUCUCUCAGCGAGUUCAGCUAGUGGUAUUAACACUUAAUUUUCCUGCUGCGGUUUGUGAAAGGUUGGAGACCUGCAGCACUCUUAGCAUGUGGGAACGGGUCUGGAUAUAUGACCUUUAGGAGCAGUUAGCUCAGGAAGCAAUGAGAAAGAUGUGGAAGCGUGUGUGUGUUCCUCAGCAUAUAUGUUUGAGAAGCAAGCACGGCUGCUGUCAGGUCAUCUCAUAUAGCUCUAGGUUUGGUGUGUGUUGAGCCCCAUACAGGAAUUUUGCUGGUACUGUUCCUGUGAGAAUUUGCCUCACCUCUGGCAUAUAAACUCUGUGAUAGCCCAGCCCUAAAGCUGAUUCAGGCCUGGCUGCAAAACCUGAUGUUACUAGCCUUUGAUACCAACCAAAAUAGUAUUCCAUUGUCUGUUUCCCUUUAAGGGUCACGGACUGUUUGAAUUUUAGGUGCCUUAGUUACACCUGUAGCUAACAGUUCUGUUACGUCAAGAGGCUAUAUCCUGGCUUCACAGAAAUCCAGAGAAGAGAUCUAGUUUAAACAGAAAGUUGAAAAAGAUUUUGAUUAAACUGCCACCCCUUCCCCACGCCAGAAACAACCUGUGAGAUAAUGAGGUUUUCACUGUUAACACCAGGGGGAUUCCUGAUGUUUCAGUGAGGCUCUAGCUUUUUAUUUGGUUCCAGUAUGGUGUGUUGUGGCCUAUGGAAAUAGCUACGGAGCGAGGCAGAGGCUUUUUUCUGGGAUAGAGGCAGGAACGUAGAGAACCUGUUGCUUUCUUAGUUCUUAGGGCAAAGGUUUUUCUGCUGCCUGAUCUAUUUUUCCAGGAGGGAGGGGAGAGGAGGGUAAGCGAUUGGAGAGAACAACCCUCCUCCUCUUCUUGCAUGGUUUACUUCAUUAAAUCAUCAGCCUUCAAGCUGAUCGUGUACUUGCUGCUGAGGUCUCGUUCUGUGCUAGCGUGCUGAAGCAGCAGAGCCCAGGAACGAAGACCGUUCCUGAAUAAUUUGGGAAUCCUACUCUUGUUCUUGUGUUGUAUUAGUAGGGUUAUGUGGCGCAUACAGUGAAAAUUGCCUGUACAGCCUGGUCUGCCAACACUGUUACUGGCACCAGUAGAGAGCACUGAUGGUGAUUACGGCUUUGACCCUUGCUAAUUUGGACACUCUUCUGUUCUGGAUGAGCUCUGUGCCUCAAGGUGUAUGUGGGAGCACCCGGCGCUUGGCUUUGUGUGCAAGCAGAAAGUUGGAGUGAGCUGCCAGUAAUGCUGAGGAGAUCGUCCUUGGUACGGUAGGAGCAAAGUUUGAGCUUGCUGUGUCGCCUCUCUGGUUUCUGUUGCGUUGGUGUGGGCUCCCCCGGUAGGUCUGGUGCGUUAACCGAGAGAUGUGCUGUUGAACUAGUUUCUCAUAGGGUGGCUUCAGGACCGUUGUCUGGUGCGUUUCUGCUUCAGUGCUCUCUGAGUACUUACCUAUUAAAUCUUGUGUGUUUUCUGGGAAUGUGCACAGCCUUUCUGCAUGGCGACAUACUUUAUUUUUGCACUUAUUUCCAAGGGGAUUUUGCAACCAGCUGGAUUGCUGUCUGUGUGUUUGAUCUUUUGCUUGUUCCCACCCUGCUCAAAUAGAUUAAGUCCAUCUCCCUCCUUUGUUCUCUGUGAGGGGAUUCUCUACUGUGUCUACUGUGAAACUGUGCUGGCAGCAGGCAGAUGGCAUUUGAGCGAUCUCCUCUGCUCUGUGAAGAGCUGGCAGAGAGGAUGGGGAACUGAUGGAGUUGUAUGUGGCAGCAUAGUGUCCUGUGGUAUACUGGCUGUUAAGGGGAAGUGUGCUUCAAAAGAAUAGGAAAUGCAGUAACCGUUGUCUGAGUAAUGCUGGAAAUCGUUUAAGAGCCUGAGAAGCAGUGGUAUUGUGUCUUGUCCGCUCGUAGGAAGUGCUUGAUAACAUAAGGUGUUUACAAAGUCCUCUUCUCAAGGUUGCACGUACUUACACAGGAAGAAUGCUUUUCACCAUUUUAUAGUUGGGGGAAAACAAGAUGAAUGGCAACUGUUUGACAUUCAUGUAUGUGAAGCUUUUGGCAGAGGUGAACAGCUGUGCCCUUGGUGCAUACAGGUCAUACAUACAUACUGUGCAUUCAAACUGUCACUUGUGCAGCAGACAGUGAGUGCAACUACGUAGGUGAUAGUGCAAGACUCGCUCCUUUCCUGCUGUAUGUAUAAAGCAUGGCUUAUACCUUGAUAAUCAGGCUCCAUGGUUACACAAUAAAUCAGAACCAGCUUGUAAACCCAGAAGCCCUGACCUGCAGCUCAGACUAUUGCUGUUGCUUUCUCUGUUUCUUCUUUCCUUAUCUAAGAGUGUCGCUUUUUCCUUUUCCUUCCUUUCCCAAACUCGCGUGCCUCUCAGACUAGUCUUUCUGUUGUUGUAGGUCCUCUUGAGCUAAGGGAAUGAAAAUUGAAUUGACCUUCCUUCUCCUAAGCUUCAUCCUAACUUCUGGAGUCCCGGUUGAUGUUUUUGGGCGUACGAGGCCACAAGUGUGUCCACUGUCCCAGUCAAUGAUUUAAACAGCGGAUUGGAGCAUGCAUCACUAGCGGGAUGAUCGGCCACCAAGGCUGCAAUGUCGUCCCUGACGACCUCCAGUGAGGGAGAAAACUCCGCUCCCAGAUUUGUUGUCGGUUCCAGGGAUGAUGAGACAGACUUCCUUGGAUCAAACAUGAAGACAGACGAAAUUGAUUUCUUUGAAGAUGAUGAAGAGGAAGAAUCGCCACCUGAACGACAGAUUGUGGUUGGAAUAUGUGCCAUGACCAAAAAGUCCAAGUCAAAGCCCAUGACACAGAUUCUGGAGCGUCUGUGCAAGUUUGAGUAUAUCACAGUGGUGAUUAUGGGGGAAGAUGUUAUUCUGAAUGAACCAGUAGAGAACUGGCCCUCUUGUGACUGCCUUAUCUCCUUCCACUCCAAAGGAUUCCCACUGGAUAAAGCAGUUGCUUAUGCCAAGCUGUGCAGGCCGUUUUUGAUUAAUGACCUUGAUAUGCAGUAUUACAUCCAGGACAGACGGGAAGUGUAUAGGAUUCUUCAAGAAGAGGGAAUAGACUUGCCCCGCUAUGCUGUGCUCAAUCGAGACCCUGAUAGACCAGAAGAAUGCAACUUGGUGGAAGGAGAGGACCACGUGGAGGUAAAUGGAGCUGUUUUCCCAAAGCCAUUUGUAGAGAAGCCAGUCAGUGCUGAAGACCAUAAUGUGUAUAUUUACUACCCAACCUCAGCAGGUGGGGGCAGCCAGCGGCUCUUUCGGAAGAUUGGCAGCCGGAGUAGUGUGUACUCCCCAGAGAGCAGUGUAAGGAAGACAGGCUCAUACAUUUAUGAAGAGUUCAUGCCUACAGAUGGCACUGAUGUAAAGGUGUACACUGUUGGGCCAGACUAUGCCCAUGCAGAGGCUCGCAAAUCCCCUGCUUUGGAUGGGAAGGUUGAACGGGACAGUGAAGGGAAAGAAAUCCGUUAUCCAGUCAUGCUGACUGCCAUGGAGAAGCUAGUAGCCAGGAAAGUCUGUGUAGCCUUUAAGCAAACCGUAUGUGGGUUUGACCUCCUGCGAGCAAACGGCCACUCGUUCGUUUGUGAUGUGAAUGGCUUCAGUUUUGUGAAGAACUCUAUGAAGUAUUAUGACGACUGUGCCAAAAUCCUUGGAAACAUAAUCAUGCGUGAAUUGGCUCCCCAGUUUCAUAUUCCCUGGUCCAUCCCAACAGAGGCAGAAGAUAUCCCCAUUGUCCCCACAACUUCAGGCACCAUGAUGGAACUUCGUUGUGUUAUUGCAGUCAUCCGGCACGGAGAUCGAACCCCAAAGCAAAAGAUGAAGAUGGAAGUUAAGCAUCCCCGGUUCUUUGAAUUAUUUGAGAAAUAUGAUGGCUACAAGACAGGGAAGUUGAAGCUGAAGAAACCAGAACAGCUACAGGAAGUGCUAGACAUUGCACGGCAGCUUGUGGUGGAACUGGGAACACAGAGUGACUGUGAGAUUGAGGAGAGGAAAUCCAAACUGGAACAGCUGAAGAGCGUUUUGGAGAUGUAUGGACAUUUUUCUGGCAUUAACCGUAAGGUGCAGUUGACCUAUCUGCCUCAUGGACAUCCAAAAGCUGCAAGUGAAGAUGAAGAAGCUCGUAAAGAGUCUUCCCCAUCUCUUCUCCUGGUGCUGAAGUGGGGUGGAGAACUGACGCCAGCAGGAAGGGUCCAAGCAGAAGAACUGGGGCGAGCCUUUCGCUGUAUGUACCCUGGUGGCCAAGGUGAUUAUGCUGGUUUCCCUGGAUGUGGCCUGCUCAGACUGCACAGCACCUACCGUCAUGAUCUCAAGAUCUAUGCCUCUGAUGAGGGACGAGUUCAGAUGACAGCAGCAGCUUUCGCAAAGGGUCUCCUGGCCCUGGAAGGAGAGCUGACCCCCAUUCUGGUGCAAAUGGUGAAAAGUGCCAAUAUGAAUGGUCUCCUGGACAGUGACAGUGAUUCCCUUAGCAGCUGUCAACACAGAGUGAAGGCACGGCUGCAUGAAAUCAUGCAGAAGGAUGCUCAGUUCUGUGAAGAGGAUUACGAAAAGCUAGCACCUACUGGCAGUGCUUCUCUACUCAACUCCAUGACAUUUAUCCAGAACCCAGUAGAGGUCUGUAACCAGGUGUUCACCCUGAUAGAGAAUCUCACCUCUCAGAUACAAAAACGUCUGGAAGACCCUAAAUCUGCAGACCUGCAGCUGUACCACAGUGAGACUUUAGAACUGAUGCUACAACGCUGGAGAAAGCUGGAGAGAGAUUUCCGCAUGAAGAAUGGACGUUAUGACAUCAGCAAGAUCCCUGAUAUCUAUGACUGCAUCAAAUAUGACGUACAACACAACUGUGCCCUGAAACUGGAAGGCACAGCAGAGCUCUUCAAACUCUCCAAAGCCCUGGCAGAUGUGAUCAUACCCCAGGAAUAUGGGAUUAAUAAGGAGGAGAAGCUGGAAAUUGCUAUUGGCUUUUGUCUUCCUCUUAUUAAAAAGAUCCAGUUGGACCUGCAGAGAACCCAUGAAGAUGAGUCUGUCAACAAACUGCAUCCCCUGUACUCAAGAGGAGUUUUGUCACCGGGUCGCCACGUUCGGACACGGCUCUACUUCACCAGUGAGAGCCAUGUGCAUUCUCUGCUCAGUAUCUUCCGUUAUGGAGGGCUCCUGGAUGAGAACAAAGACCAGCAGUGGAAGAGAGCCAUGGACUAUUUGAGUGCUAUCUCAGAGCUGAACUACAUGACCCAGAUUGUUAUCAUGCUCUACGAGGACAACAACAAGGACCCAUCUUCAGAAGAGCGUUUUCAUGUGGAGCUGCAUUUCAGCCCUGGUGUGAAAGGUUGUGAGGAAGACGGAAACGUCCCCACAGGGUUUGGCUUUCGGCCUGCGUCAGCAGAGAAUGAGGACAAGAAAGCAGACCAAGGCAGCCUGGAAGACCUCUCCAAGGAGAAGGGCGUUGAUGAGCCAGAUCAGGCACAGCAGAGGUCUCCACAGCCCUCCGAGCCUGUCAGCAUUCAGCGGAGAUCACCACUGAUCAGGAACCGGAAGACAGGGUCCAUGGAGGUUCUUUCAGAAUCAUCUUCCAAAUCGGGUGGUUAUCGCCUCUUCAGCACCUACUCCAGGCAGUCCUCUGAGAUGAAGCAAAGUGGCUUAGGGUCACAAUGCACCGGGCUGUUCAGCACCACUGUGCUGGGAGGCUCCUCCAGUGCCCCCAACCUCCAGGACUACGCCCGCAGCCAUGGCAAAAAGUUUGCCAGCAGCCUGACAUACAAAGACGAGCUCUUGUCUAUGCCAGCCGUAAAACGAUUUUCUGUGUCGUUUGCAAAGCAUCCGACUAAUGAUGCGUUUGAGCACCACCACGUUACCCAGUUGCUGCGCCGUUUUUCUUCCGACUAUGCCACGAGCCGGAACAUCUCCCUGGAUGCUACUCUAGCCCAUCACCUCCAGCAGUGCUCCUACCACCUGCGCCUCUUCAGGAGCUGGCUGAUCUCAGGGCAGGAUGACUUGGAGUGUCUUUACGGUUUUGAAGGCUGUUCCAUGGUUCCCACCAUUUAUCCCCUGGAGACCCUGCACAACUCCCUCUCUUUGCGACAGGUCAAUGAGUUCCUGACAGCUGUAUGCAGGAGUUGCAGCGAAUCACAUGUCCAGUCUACUGCAGCUUUGUUUGAUUCAAUGAUUGGCAGCCAGAUACCAGGAGACCCCUUUAUGUCUCAGCGAAUCCUGUCAUCAUCCUCUUUCCCGUUACGCCAGCGUUCGGAUAAACCCCCUUGGUACAGCAGUGGCCCCUCCAGUACUGUCUCCAGUGCAGGCCCAUCCUCCCCAACCUCUGUGGACAGCUGCACUCGUUUCAGCUUCACUGAGAAACUUUCCAUCAGCCCCCCAAAAGGUGAGGAGCAGCUGAAUAGCCUGUCUCCUGAGCAAGGGGAGAGACAGCCCUCAGAUGGAGUGCUUAACUUGAAGCUAGGGAUAUCUGAGUUGUCCACGCAUCAGCCCAGUGGGGAGCCAAGUGCCCCAGAGACCUUGAUCUGGAGUAAGGGCCAGGAGUCAGAUAGGGUCCUGGAGCUGUGCAAGAAGGAGCUGGCAGGUGAGAACUCUGACCCAAAGGAGAAGAGUAUUAUGGAGCUGAAUGAAGAAGAGUCAGCUGGGGAAGUAUUAGAUCUAGAUAACACAGGGUGGUCAAAGUGUGGUGCAGGGUCUGAGAUAAGGACGGCUGGGGAGAGAGUGAAGCCGAGUGAGGAGUGUUUAGGGGGAAUGGCUGGCCUGGAUCAGUCAGGGCUGUCAGAGGAGACUUUGGUGCUCUGUGAGGAGGAGCUGCUGGGAGAUGUGCUGGAGCCAGAGUGUGUGGGCAAGGAGUCACUGGGGUACAGUGCUCUGGCAGGCCAGCUUCAGUCUGGUCACCUGUGCCAGGACCAGCCACUGCCUCCUGAGACAAGCAUGGAGGAGCUGCAGCCACUGCACCAGGAGGAUCAGCAGAACUAGUGGCUCACUGGACAGCACACUACAAGCACUUCUAGCCUGGAGCCAGCCCAACUUCCUGCACAACACUUCAUGCAGCUGGCUGUCCACAGCACAGAACAAGCCAUGUCCCGAGGCCACAGGACUCUGAGGUGCUGAAGAGUCUGCUCCGCUCCUACGCAAGCCAGCUCUUUGCUGUCUGGCAAGCGACAACACCUCAUCUGCCACGUUAAACCGACAACACAUGCAGUCUUAGUACUGGCACAGCACCUCCAUGGAGCAGUGACAUGGGGCUGCGUUGGUGCAGGGUGUUCCAAGGGCUAUGUGCUCACUGGGACAGCAGAGUUCGGGGAUUGGUAGGGCCAAGGCUUUUGGGGUGGUGAGGCAGAAGGGGAUAAUUGCUCCCUGGAAAUCUCUUGGCCUUCACAGCCUGGCCCAAAGUAACUGGGUUUCAUCACAACCACCAACCUCCUCUCUGCUUCUUCAUCCUUUUCUCCACCUCUCCAUCCCCACCGUUGGUCACCAAAAACAGGUCUGGAGAGUCCUUGGCUGGAAGAAUAGGAGAAGCAGAGGCAAUCUGGAAGGAUGUGGGAAGGACAGUAAUGUGGUGAUCAGGUUUGAGACUGCCACUUGCAAGAAAACCUCUCUUUGGAGUGGACUUGCGUGUUUUCCAAGUGAGCUGGGGCAGGCAGGCAGGAGCUUGGGGAUCCGGUCCAAGAGGGGUGCAGGGAGAACACACACGGGUUUUUCUAGUCCCCAGGGGUCAGUCUGGAUAAAGCUCUGAACCCUUUGGUGACAGAAAUUAAAAGAAACUGCUAUUUGAGCAAAUCAGGAUUAUUAGAAACCAAUAAGGAGAAAUCUUUAUUGUAUAUAAACUGAAAAAUAUUUAAUGCAUAUUUAUGUAAAUGAAUUGUGAGCACAAGCCUGAGGGCAAGAUUGGCACAGGUGUCCCUGCCACAUCCUGAAUGCAGGCCAGGGCUGUGCCUCCUGCGCCUCCUGUAUUUAUGGACAAAUUUGUGUGUUUGUCUGUAGCUAGGAUCUGUGUUUCUGUGAAGCUGUGCCCAAAGAUCUCUGCGCUGUGUUGUGAUGAUGUGUGUUCACAGUAAAUCUAUGCUGUGGGUCUGG